AUGGCCUGUUAUCUGCAGGGCAGCAAAGGGCAGAGAUGGCCUGUUAUCUGCAGGGCAGCAAAGGGCAGAGAUGGCCUGUUAUCUGCAGGGCAGCAAAGGGCAGAGAUGGCCUGUUAUCUGCAGGGCAGCAAAGGUUAAGACUGUCGGGAGAAUAACUCAAAAGGUUGAGGGAAUGUGCUCAUUGGUCAUUGGUUCAUUAAAGACCUAAUGGGGAUGUAUUGGUGUUGCUAUCAAAAGGACAACCUUUAACGAGAGAAAACAAUGACUGCAUUCCAAAACAAAGUUGCUUCCUAAUGGUUCCUUUCAUAAUCCUCUUCGGUCCUUGAGCUUUGCUUCAUUCUCAUGUAGCAAUUUAAGGCCAAUGUUGUCAACAACGCGGUCAGUCUUGUAGACAAAGUUACACAUUUUACAUGAUCAUAUUCAAGCACAGUAUCAAGCCGUGACAUUGCCCUGCAAUUGUUCGUUAUGAAUGACAUUGAAUGUAAAGUCCUCUAUUUAAAGGGUUUUAUCCCUAAGAUAAGGUCUACUGCCAAGCUCUCUUGUAUGGCUCCUUCCUUAGUCUUUAUCUGCUUAAGGCCAUGCAGAAUAUGUUCAGGACUUAAUGUUUCAGUGAACACCUAACACCGAAUGUGAGAAGUACAUUUAAGGAGAAGAAAUGCAAGAAUUAAGUACUGUUGUUCUAUCGUGCAUGCAAUGGUGUCUGAGGGGGAAAGAACAAUGUUCGUUAUUUGCAGUAACUUCCAAAUGGAUGUGGCAGUUUCACCAAUAGAUCCAUUUUAAAGAUCCAAUGCAGCCGUUUUGUCUAAUUUCUCGUGAUUGCCCAAGGUUCAGACAGAUUUUUAUCUAUCAUUGGAUUCAAGCAUUACCUUAGUCCUGUUUAAGUUGCCUGUCUCAGCCGUUCACCAUGUCUUCUUGAUCUAUGCUCUACUGUCUGUGCCUGUUCUAACGUACAGCCGCUCUUACCUGUCUGUCUGCUCUCUACCUGUCUGUCUGCUCUUACCUGUCUGUCCUGCUCUCUACCUGUCUCACUGCUCUCGUCACCUGUCUCUGUUCCUGCUCUCUACCUGUCUCACCUGCUCUCUACCUGUCUGUCUCUACCUGUCUGUCCUGCUCUUACCUGUCUCACCUGCUCUCUACCUGUCUACUGUUCUCUACCGUCUGUGCUCUCUACCUGUCUCACCUGCUCUCUACCUGUCUGUCCUGCUCUCUACCUGUCUGUCCUGCUCUCUACCUGUCUGUCCUGCUCUCUACCUGUCUGUCCUGCUCUCUACCUGUCUCACCUGCUCUCUACCUGUCUGUCCUGCUCUCUACCUGUCUCACCUGCUCUCUACCUGUCUGUCCUGCUUCUUACCUGUCUCCUGCUUCACCUGCUCUCUACCUGUCUCUACCGUCGUCCUGCUCUCUACGGUCUUAUCCUGCUCUCUACCUGUCUGUCCUGCUCUCUACCUGUCUGUCCUGCUCUCUACCUGUCUCAUUUUUAAAAAAUGGAUUGGUUUAGUACUUCACCAGAUGGUCAAAGCAGUUUAUAUCUAUUGUAAUAAGGGGUGAUGCAUGGCAGCCAUUUUGCGGCAGCCAUUUUUAAUCACAUCAGUGAUCACAGUGGAGAGGUGACUCUAGGUGGAGGUGACUCUGUUUUAAGAAUGGCGUGAGCUUCCCUAAUCCUGAAUACACAACAGGGGUGAGCAGCCACUGGCUAGAUUGUGAACAAUUAAGGAAAAGGGAUUUUAUGCUCUAGGUGUAUUUUAAGCCGAUCCAGGUGAAAGUUUGUAGAUCUACUCUUGAGUGUACCAAACAUUAGAAACACCUUCCUAAUAUUGAGUUGCUCCCCCCUUUUGCCCUCAGAACAGCCUCAAUUCGUCGGGGGCGUGGACUACAGGGUGUCGAAAGCAUUCCACAGGGGAUGCUGGCCCAUGUUGACUCCAGUGCUUCUCCACAGUUGUGUCAAGUUGGCUGGAUGUCCUUUGGGUGGUGGACCAUUGUUGAUACACACGGGAAACUGUUGAGCAUGAAAAACCCAGCAGCAUUGCAGUUGUUGACACACUCAAACCGGUGCGCCUGGCACCUACUACCAUACCUGGUUCAAAGGCACUUAAAUAUUUUGUCUUACCACAUACACAGUCCAUGUCUCAAUUGUCUCAAGGCUUAAAAAUCCUUCUUUAACCGGUCUCCUCCCCUUCAUCUACACUGAUUAAAGGGGAUCUAAUGGACAAGGUUUGUUCUCUGUCAGACUACGGCGUCUGUAUUGCACUUGUCGAUCUUACGUCUCUACACUAUACUGAAUUAGUUCUGCAGGAGAGAACCAUUCUGUCUCUUCACUAUACUGAAUGAGUUCUGCUGGAGAGAACCAUUCUGUCUCUUCACUAUACUGAAUGAGUUCUGCAGGAGAGAACCAUUCUGUCUCUUCACUAUACUGAAUGAGUUCUGCAGGAGACAACCAUUCUGUGUCUUCACAAUACUGAAUUAGUUCUGCAGGAGAGAACCAUUCUGUCUCUUCACUAUACUGAAUUAGUUCUGCAGGAGAGAACCAUUCUGUCUCUUCACUAUACUGAAUGAGUUCUGCAGGAGAGAACCAUUCUGUCUCUUCACUAUACUGAAUGAGUUCUGCAGGAGACAACCAUUCUGUGUCUUCACAAUACUGAAUGAGUUCUGCUGGAGACAACCAUUCUGUGUCUUCACUAUACUUAAUGAGUUCUGCAGGAGAGAACCAUUCUGUGUCUUCACUAUACUGAAUGAGUUCUGCAGGAGAGAACCAUUCUGUCUCUUCACUAUACUGAAUGAGUUCUGCAGGAGAGAACCAUUCUGUCUCUUCACUAUACUGAAUGAGUUCUGCUGGAGAGAACCAUUCUCCAGUAAACCUGUUGUUAUAUCCAACUUCCUGUAGCCUACUUGUUAAUUACCACAUAGUCUGUUAUUCUCUGACGUGCCAGUAGACUUGAAUCUUUUCUCAUCACGUUCAAGGAUUUUAGCGUUAACCCUCCACAUAGUCUCUUAAGACAACUGCAUUUGUACUGUACACUGUACUGUAUUUAUGUAGUGUACUGUAUUUAUGUAGUGUACUGUAUUUAUGUAGUGUACUGUAUUUAUGUAGUGUACUGUAUUUAUGCACUGUACUGUAUUUAUGUAGUGUACUGUAUUUAUGUAGUGUACUGUAUUUAUGCACUACAUAAAUACAGUACAGUGUACAGUACACUACAUACAUACAGUACACUACAUAAAUACAGUACAGUUUACAUACUGUAUACUGUACUAUAUUUACGUAGUGUACUGUAUACUGUAGUGUAUUUAUGUAGUGUACUGUAUUUAUGUAGUGUACUGUACAUUGUACGCUAUUUAUAUACUGUACUGUAUUUAUGUAGUAUAUACAGUAUGUUGAACUGGUUGAUACUGGUAUUAUGGGGGAAAUGUAUAUAUUGAACAAUAACUUCUAAUGCUUUGAUAUUUAGGACAGUGACUUGCAGUAGAUUAACUAAUGGACAGGUCCACUUUGAAUCGGUCAGCUCGCUAGGCCUAAGCUCUUUAUAUAAAGUCACAUGAAGCUUACCUCUGCUGCCGGCUGUCUCACCUGCUCUCUACCUGUCUCACCUGCUCUCUACCUGUCUCACCUGCUCUCUACCUGUCUGUCCUGCUCUCUACCUGUCUGUCCUGCUCUCUACCUGUCUGUCCUGCUCUCUACCUGUCUCACCUGCUCUCUACCUGUCUCACCUGCUCUCUACCUGUCUCACCUGCUCUCUACCUGUCUGUCCUGCUCUCUACCUGUCUGUCCUGCUCUCUACCUGUCUGUCCUGCUCUCUACCUGUCUGUCCUGCUCUCUACCUGUCUCACCUGCUCUCUACCUGUCUCACCUGCUCUCUACCUGUCUGUCCUCACCCUCCAUUAAUGUCAUGCAAAAAGUACUGCAUUCCAAAACAAAGUUGCUUCCUAAUGGUUCCUUUCAUAAUCUUCUCAUGUAACAAUUGAAGGCCAAUGUUGUCAACAACGCGGUCAGUCUUGUAGACAAAAUUACACAUUUUACAUGAUCAUAUUCAAGCACAGUAUCAAGCCGUGACAUUGCCCUGCAAUUGUUCGUUAUGAAUGACAUUGAAUGUAAAGUCCUCUAUUUAAAGGGUUUUAUCCCUAAGAUAAGGUCUACUGCCAAGCUCUCUUGGUAUGGCUCCUUCCUUAGUCUUUAUCUGCUUAAGGCCAUGCAGAAUAUGUUCAGGACUUAAUGUUUCAGUGAACACCUAACACCGAAUGUGAGAAGUACAUUUAAGGAGAAGAAGUGCAAGAAUUAAGAACUGUUGUUCUAUCGUGCAUGCAAUGAUGUCUGAGGAGGAAAGAACAAUGUUAGUUUUUUGCAGUAACUUCCAAAUGGAUGUGGCAGUUUCACCAAUUAAGGAUUCCAGUUUUAAAGAUCCAAUGAAGCCGUUUUGAUCUCAAUAUAAAAUAUUUUCUGUGUAGCAAUUAAGUACCUUACUGUGAUUGUUUUCAAUUAAAAUGGUCAAAAUGAAACAAAAAUAGCUUCUUAGCAAAAACAAAAUUUCUCAAGCAAGAAUUGAGUUAGGACUGUCUGGGAGUGGUUUGAGUGAGGGGCCUAAUUGGACGAGCCUAAUGUAACCUAAAAACGAGCUGUUAUUGGCGGAGAGUUUUGAAACUCUCUUUGUUAUUGGUUUAUUCACUUAUACCACCUGGUGGGUGAUUUCAUCAGGCGGUCCAAAACUCCACCCAGCAAAAUGUGUUUACAUUUCAGGUGGUCUUUUCAAACAGCUCUUACACUAAAAGGACAUCAUCAUAAUUUUCAUAAUGUCACAGUAUUAUUCCAACCUCCUAGUGUGGAGAACUAUAUAAAACACAGGUAUAUCACGUUUUUGACUGCACCAUCAUUAGACCCCGUUAACCUUCUCCCUCUUCCUCUCUUCCAGUGCGGGGCGAAUGGGAGACAACCAGCCGGCGUAACCAUGACAACAACCACCUGCCCCUCCCUUAUCUCGGCUGAGAUAACUUCAUCCAGAGGCGGGGGACUGACCAGGAAGUAACAGCCAUUGGACAGGAAGUAAUAAAGAUGUCUUCCCACAAGCGCAGCUUCCAGUGCUUCGAUGCCAUCUUGGACGACGGUGGCCACCAACACCCCAAACCCUCACUCCCCUUCGGGCUGCAUUCUGCCCCCGCGCCGCCCCCCAGCAGAUCCCCACAUAGUGGGGGUAGCAUUCACCAGGAGCCCCUGGAGGACCGGGGGUGCUACCUGUGUGCCCAGGCCACAGAGGCCAGACAGGAGGCCCAGAGAGAGGCCCAGAGAGAGGCCCAGAGAGAAGCUUCAUCCUGGUACCUCCCUCCGGUCCACCCACACCACCACCCCCAGCAGUAUGUCCGCAGGCGGCCGGUCCGGCCUGACGAGCCCCCUGCUGAGGCCUCUGACCACCACCACCUCCACAGGCACAGCAAGAAGGUGGUGCUGGUGAAGAAUAGCGACCCCUCUGUUCGGAGGACCAUCGUGCUCCAUCGCGGGACCAUCCGCAGCCUGGGCCUGUUUCUGGAGGAGCUCUCUGAGUUCAUGCAGUACCACGUCAGGAAGCUGUGCACUCUGGAGGGACGCAAGGUGACACCACUGACCGUCUAUUACAACAACAUCAGAUAGUAGAUACCCACACACAUAACCCACUAAUAUAGAGAUAACCCACUAGUGUACACUCUGGAGGGACGCAACAGAGUAGAAUGGGAUACUUCUCAUAGAGAAAUUUGCUUUGUUACAAAGUACAGGCUUUCCAACAUACAUCACAAGACAUAAUAACCAGGAAAUAAAAACAGAUUGUGUUAAAUUGUUUUUAGUCAUCACAUUAAAGAUUUGGUUUGGAAAAUGUUACGCAACAGCGUGGAGACUUGAGAGCAGUUUUCUUUUUUUUUUUUUUUUUUAAUUGCCUGAGAGGUGUGGAAACGUGAGAGGGAAAGAGAGGCCUCUAGUGGCAGGAGUUACUUUAUCUUUACUAAGCCCCAAAGCGCCUUCAACCCUGAUAUGCUGAGAUUCCAUUUUUCUAUUCAGAACCCAAUUUGUAUUAAUUACAGUACGAGAACCUCAAAGUUUUGUUCAGGAAAAGCCUAUCUCUUUAAGAGGCAGAGAUUUCUCUGGCUUGUUCGGCGCCUGUCCUCUAUUUAAAGGGUUUUAUCCCUAAGAUAAGGUCUACUGCCAAGCUCUCUGGUAUGGCUCCUUCCUUAGUCUUUAUCUGCUUAAGGCCAUGCAGAAUAUGUUCAGGACUUAAUGUUUCAGUGAACAUCUAACACCGAAUGUGAGAAGUACAUUUAAGGAGAAGAAGUACAAGAAUGAAGUACUCGUUUAUCCAGAGCGACAUCCGGGAGCAAUUAGGGUUAAGUGCCUUUCUCAAGGGUUCAGACAGAUUUUUUAAAAAUCUAGUCAGCUUGGGGAUUCAAACCAGCAACCUUUCGGUUAGUGGCCCAAUGCUUUUAACCACUAUGCUACCUACCCCCUACCAUGUUCUACCCAGGGUAAACAUUCUGUAAAGUUCUGUACUGCUCUCCACUUCUGUCCAUUAGUGGUGCUAACACUGGUGAUGUAGCGCCCCGAGGAUGCAUCCGAACCAAACCUCUACAGCAGGGGUUGUAGAUAACAAGGAAUGAGCCGUAGGGUGACAAAGGAUCAAGUUAAAAGUUAAAAGUCUAGUUCCAGAAAAAGUUAAUACUGUCAAAGAUGUAUUCAUAUUUUGUGCAUGUCCGUUGAUUAUCCUCAGACAGUUUAUCAAAACUGGCAUCUCCGUCCAGUCAAAAAAUCCGAAAGGCCAAAUGAGUCUCUUCAAGAUUGCUCUGAAUGUAAUAUUUGUUCUAUUGUACAUUCAGUUGUACUUACUGCUUACAGUGCAUUUUUCAACUGUAAAAAGCACACUGGCAGUUGAAACAGAUAAAUGGCUUUGUCCGUGGUCACACGUAGCCCAGAUGAAGAUAAUUAAUCGCUGCUGUAGUGGAAGAUGCAUUUCUGAGCGACUCCUGGUUUCAAAUAGCCUGUGUAUUCUCAACACUGACCUGCUUCUAGUCUUUCAAAAUAGCUCUGUUUUGACCAGGAUUAAUAGUUACUCAGGAGGGCUGAAACAUCCCAGCAGUCUAAAUAUAUAUUUAUAUAUAUACAGUGGGGAGAACAAGUAUUUGAUACACUGCCGAUUUUGCAGGUUUUCCUACUUACAAAGCAUGUAGAGGUCUGUAAUUUUUAUCAUAGGUACACUUCAACUGUGAGAGACGGAAUCUAAAACAAAAAUCCAGAAAAUCACAUUGUAUGAUUUUUAAGUAAUUAAUUUUGCAUUUUAUUGCAUGACAUAAGUAUUUGAUCACCUACCAACCAGUAAGAAUUCCGGCUCUCACAGACCUGUUAGUUUUUCUUUAAGAAGCCCUCCUGUUCUCCACUCAUUACCUGUAUUAACUGCACCUGUUCGAACUCGUUACCUGUAUAAAAGACACCUGUCCACACACUCAAUCAAACAGACUCCAACCUCUCCACAAUGGCCAAGACCAGAGAGCUGUGUAAGGACAUCAGGGAUACAAUUGUAGACCUGCACAAGGCUGGGAUGGGCUACAGGACAAUAGGCAAGCAGCUUGGUGAGAAGGCAACAACUGUUGGCGCAAUUAUUAGAAAAUGGAAGAAGUUCAAGAUGACGGUCAAUCACCCUCGGUCUGGGGCUCCAUGCAAGAUCUCACCUCGUGGGGCAUCAAUGAUCAUGAGGAAGGUGAGGGAUCAGCCCAGAACUACACGGCAGGACCUGGUCAAUUACCUGAAGAGAGCUGGGACCACAGUCUCAAAGAAAACCAUUAGUAACACACUACGCCGUCAUGGAUUAAAAUCCUGCAGCGCACACAAGGUCCCCCUGCUCAAGCCAGCGCAUGUCCAGGCCCGUCUGAAGUUUGCCAAUGACCAUCUGGAUGAUCCAGAGGAGGAAUGGGAGAAGGUCAUGUGGUCUGAUGAGACAAAAAUAGAGCUUUUUGGUCUAAACUCCACUCGCCGUGUUUGGAGGAAGAAGAAGGAUGAGUACAACCACAAGAACACCAUCCCAACCGUGAAGCAUGGAGGUGGAAACAUCAUUCUUUGGGGAUGCUUUUCUGCAAAGGGGACAGGACGACUGCACCGUAUUGAGGGGAGGAUGGAUGGGGCCAUGUAUCACGAGAUCUUCGCCAACAACCUCCUUCCCUCAGUAAGAGCAUUGAAGAUGGGUCGUAGGGCUGGGUCUUCCAGCAUGACAACGACCCGAAACACACAGCCAGGGCAACUAAGGAGUGGCUCCGUAAGAAGCAUCUCAAAGUCCUGGAGUGGCCUAGCCAGUCUCCAGACCUGAACCCAAUAGAAAAUCUUUGGAGGGAGCUGAAAGUCCGUAUUGCCCAGCGACAGCCCCGAAACCUGAAGGAUCUGGAGAAGGUCUGUAUGGAGGAGUGGGCCAAAAUCCCUGCUGCAGUGUGUGCAAACCUGGUCAAGACCUACAGGAAACGUAUGAUCUCUGUAAUUGCAAACAAAGGUUUCUGUACCAAAUAUUAAGUUCUGCUUUUCUGAUGUAUCAAAUACUUAUGUCAUGCAAUAAAAUGCAAAUUAAUUACUUAAAAAUCAUACAAUGUGAUUUUCUGGAAUUUUGUUUUAGAUUCCGUCUCUCACAGUUGAAGUGUACCUAUGAUAAAAAUUACAGACCUCUACAUGCUUUGUAAGUAGGAAAACCUGCAAAAUCGGCAGUGUAUCAAAUACUUGUUCUCCCCACUGUAUAUAUAUAUAUAUAUAUGUAUGUAUGUGAGGGAAUAUCCCAAUUGCUUUCCCAAAUGACAAACAUCAGAAGUGCCUAUGUCUGGAGAGGGUUAUAGUUUUGUUGGCUCUCACUGGAAUCAGCAAAGUAUGUCUCCAGUUUAAUUUGAUAUGUAUUUUCUCAUGUUGAGAUGUUGGGUGUUUUGAUGUCUGGUGUUUCAUGACCAAACUUAAACAUUACAUUGGUACGCUAUUUGGGAUAGUAGGUUAUUACAUUUCACAACCUUUAAUAUUUAAUCAAAGUUAUAGUAUUCACCAAAUUAACACUUAAUUGUGCAAACUAAGGAAGGUGAAAAAAAAAACGUGUUGAUUAAUUUGUGUUAGAUUUGUGGAUUGCAAAUUGAACUACUUAAUUUUGAGUCCGAUGAACAUAUAACAUGGAGAUUCCACCCGAACCACAGAGUGAAGAGAAUAGUUUGUUACUUGAGCAGAUAAAUCACUAGGUCAUUAUGCUACCUGUAAUGGAUUACAGUGGUCAUUACAGUGAUCACAACUCUCUCUGCUGUGGUUCCUGCUUUCGCCCAUUCAGCAAACUCCUAGGGCUGGAAACGGGCGGAAUUGACGGAAAACUAAAACAACCAAUUCCUAUUGGACAAAUCCAAGUAGUUCCUCGCAGUUUUAUGUUUGUUUUUUUCCCCCUGUUUGGUGCCAACUAAAUACUACCUAGACCUCCUGCGUUCUGGUCUGUUGUAAUUCCUUCCUGCUUUCCCCAAACUCAGCAAACUCCCAGGACUGCUGAGCCAUGCUUGGGGCUCUUUGUCUGGUGACAAUGGGAGCCGUCCGGUGGAAAGACAACAGAAUGCACAGUCACCUCAGGCGAUGGGGACUAGGACUAGGAGAUGAUCCUGGGUUAGGAAGAUAAUAUGGCCAGACAGACUGACCCUCACACAGCCCUUUGCUGCUGCUGGGAUGUUGCACCACUAACACGGCAGAGGCACUAAAGUGGUUUAAUAUAGGAAACGCAGAGGUCACUUUUUUUUUUUUUUUUAAUUUCUUUCAUUUUUAUUUUUUAUUUUUUUAUUUUUUUUUGGUCAUUUAGCAGACGCUCUUAUCCAGAGCGACUUACAGGAGCAAUUAGGGUUAAGUGCCUUGCUCAAGGGCACAUCGACAGAUUUUUCACCAAGUCGGCUCGGGGAUUAGAACCAGCGACCUUUCGGUUACUGGCACAACGCUCUUACCCACUAAGCUACCUGCCGCCCUACUUGUUCACUGUUACAUUUGUGAACGUCUAAAUCAACAUUUGGGGCCAUUUAAUCAGCGUGCCUCCCUCCUAUAGACAAAGGGAGAAGUGCUAUGGAAAGGGCUCAAUUUUGUCGUUUCUGAGCAUAUGCAAUGUUGUCUGCCUCCGAUGUAAAACAAACGUUUGACUUCCACACAAAAUUACUUCUUUACUUAUUUUAGGUUUAAAGGAAGAGUGUAGGUCGCAUUCUUUAUCGUAGAGCUAUGAAAUAAAUAUAUUUCGAUCCUCCUGCUCGAGAUAAAUUCAGCGAUUGCUUUGCCAUCUCUGUGCCGUGAAGCAGUCGAGCUGGAUGAAUGUUUUUCGAAGGACCGCCCCUUUGACAUACCAUUGCAGUGAAGUGAUAUAAAUGGAUGUAAUGAUGCAGCCGACCACCAGAGGGAGGCAAAUACAAAAAAAAAUCGACAGAGGACGUUUACAUAGUCCUAGCAAGGUCUGGAUGGCUGUCUUCUUUUUUUUUAUUUUUUAUUUUUUUUAUUUCACCUUUAUCUAACCAGGUAAACCAGUUGAGAACAAGUUCUCAUUUACAACUGCGACCUGGCCAAGAUAAAGCAAAGCAGUGCGAUAAAAACAACAACACAGAGUUACAUAUGGGGUAAAACAAAACAAAGUCAAAAAAUACAACAGAAAUACAUAUAUAUACAGUGUGUGCAAAUUUAGCAAGUUAUGGAGGUAAGGCAAUAAAAUAGGCUAUAGUGCAAAAUAAUUACAAUUAGUAUUAACACUGGAAUGAUAGAUGUGCAAGAGAUGAUGUGCAAAUAGAGAUACUGGGGUACAAAUGAGCAAAAUAAAUAACAAUAUAGGGAUGAGGUAGUUGGGCGGGCUAAUUUCAGAUGGGCUUAGAAAACGGUGGGAAAUCAAUAAAAUAAGUCAUGUAAACAUAUACAUAUUUUUAAAAGUAAUUCUAGUGCCCGAUUUCCUGGACUGUCACUUUAAGAGGUUUAAGUGAUUUACUACUGUUUGCAUGGCAUGAAAUAAUCAACAAUGCAAUUUAGGUAGAUGGAAAAAUAUUUUUCAAAAGUUGCAUUGUAUUUGACUGCUUUAAGUUAAUAAUUGAUUGAAUUUAUAUAAUGCUUUUCCAGAUGCUCAAAGCGCUUACAUAGAGCAAAAUUCACCACCUUAAAACCUUUUACUGCAGUGGGCUAAAUCAGUGCCACACAGAGGGAUUCUUGGUAGGUCUUAAACAAGCCUACUUUGAAACAAAAGUAUACACCUCACACAUAUGGGCUUAAAAAAAAAUAAGACACGUGUACCAUGUCAGAUAUAGAGUUAGAGAUGUAUUCAAUUUUGAGUUUGCAUCCCAAUAUUAAACGUUAUAUACAUCACAGAAGACUGAAAUAUAACAAAACCGUUUGACAUUGAAACACCAGAUGUCUGUUUUUAUUAAAUAAUCUUUAUUUAAUUAUUAAUAAUAUUAGUAACAUUCCACCCAUGAGGACAAAGAGGGCGCUUUUGGUCAUUGACUGCAGGAAAGGGUUACAGUGAUAUGGACGUAAGUCAACAUGCAGUAGGCCUCAAACAGACUUCCCCUAAUUAACUCUAGCUGAUCAUAUCAGAAUGCUGUUUUAAUGAUUAGCCUUAAUGUUAGUGUGGGAAAGUUAAGAUGGCAGAUGUUUAUGAUUCCUGAACUCAUUAACAUCUUCAUGUUGUUGAUGGCUGUAGUCCAUAACGACUUUGAAUCCAUGUCCAUAUCCUGCGUUUGGCCUAACUUUAACCAUAUAGCGUCAUUUAACUCUUUAUGUGAACAUUAUUCAUUCAGGGUUUGUCUCAUUGAGAUAAAACAUUUCUUGCAAGAGAGAGACCUGACAAUCUCAAUUUCGAUCACAACUGAUUUUGACUAACUCUCUUUGUCCGUUUUCUCAUCUACCGGAACAUUUUUCUCACCUUUCUAUCUGUGUUCCUCAGAUCGACAGUGUUCAGAGUCUCUUGCAGUGCCCCAGUGUGUUGAUUUGUGUGGGCCGUGAGCCCUCCCACCCCAACCUUCCGGAGAACUUCUGGAAAAACUCGGACGCCAAGCUUCCACGACUGAGUCCAAAGUCUCUGGGACGCUCCAACACAGCCAGUGAAGGACAGGAGUCCAAGAAAACGGGUAUAAAUACAACUCAACAACGUCUUACACUGUCAUUACAAUACAUUUUUGAUCAAUUCUACUACUAUGUUAAGCAAAACAUUUUAUUUGGAAAGGUCGGUAUCAUGGCCAUCAUAGAUAUCAAUAUCAUCAUCAAUCUUCAACAACAAAUCUGAUAAUUCUUUGUAAAAGAAAGUUAUUGAACUUUAUUUUAUUAGCAAAUUGAAAUAUCAUCAGUGUCAGCCUUCUUAUAAACCUAACUGAUCAUUUAUUUUUCUCUCCUAUUCACUAAUACAGGCAGCUUAGGACUUGAGACAAAGAAAAGUGUCAUCCACCAAAGAUCUGAAUCCAGCAACCGGUCAGCCAGGCACUCCAUAUCAUCUGACAAAUCACUCCCACCAAUCAACUCUACGUCCCCGGCCCAUGUUGGCCCCUGCCCUCAUUCAAGUGAAGGCUUGAUGGAGGAUGACAUCGAGAAAAGGGUGCUAGUCAACAAAGACGGCAGCUUGUCAAUGGAAAUGAAAGUGCGUUUCCGACUACUGAACGACGAGACCCUGCAUUGGUCCACACAAAUAAAGAAGUCGGUAGGAACGACCAACGAAUACCUCCAAGGAUACCACGACAACCGCUUUCUUCAGCAGAGUAGUGUGGAGAGCUGUUCAGAGCCGGAGUCCCUUUCACCAGGCGAGGCUGACGAUGCCUACAUCACAAAGCUCUAUCAGAAGCAUCUGGAGGACCCUCACUGUCAGCACUGCUGCGGCCACUGCCAGGAGUACGAGAUCUGGAAGAGCCAUAUUUCCGGCGGGCAGGGGACUGUCUACCAAGUCACCUCCUCCAGCUCCAGUGCUUCCUCACGCACCAUUGUCCGUAAAAAGGGAUUGGUGGAGACCAUGUCCAGUGAGGAGAUCACCGAGCACGUGGUGGAGAAGCGCUUCCAACAGACUGUGGAGGAAGCGGGGGGCGACACCACGGUGGAGUACUGCACCAUCAGCCGCGGCUGCAGCAGGAGCGAGACGCGCUUGACGACAACGUCUGCCAAGAGUGAGAGUAGGGUGUCCACCGAGGAGAAGAGCGAGAUCCUUGGCAAGAGCGAGAGCGUUGACAUAACAAGCCAGGCAUCGGAUAACGACGAGGCUACCGCUGAUAGUUCUUCCUCUGCUCCCUCCAAGGAGUCUCGGAGCGAGGUUAGCGUCAAGAUCACUGAUGCAGAGGAAGAGGAGCGGCCUUUGUCUGCUGUUAGUCUUUCCUCUCAGAUUCUGGCAUCGCUCAGGGAAGACCAGGAUGAUGAGGACGACGACCUUCCACCAAGUGCUUCGAGAGCGUGUGUAUGUUCUCAGUAUAGUAACGCUGAAGAGGAGGAGGAUCCCACCAGAAGGGAGGAGGAGCCCAGCAGAAGUGCUGUUUUGAACACAGCAGCAACACCAAUGCAACAUGUAUCUCCCAGGCCUCCUAGUAGUAAGAAGGCAUCUUAUGUGCACUCUAAGUCAGUCAAGGCUGAGUCUCCGGCACCAGCAGAUGGACAAGAUGACCAAGAAUCAAACGAGUGUAAAUGUGAAGCAUCUGACGAAGCAGGAGAUGCAACGGAUGCUGAUGGCGAAAGUGCUGAGACUGCAGUAGAAAAGGAAGCGGGUCAAGAAGGGAUCCCUUCAGAGGACACUGAAACCGAAGACCCAGAAACAAAGGAGAGGGCAAUGAGCUCGCUGUCUGUCAAAUCAAAUGUCUCUACCAGAUCCAGGAGGCCCAAAGUUGGGGAUUCAGGAGUUCAGGAGGAAAAGGGAGAGUGGUCAUCAAGUCCUAUGUCAGUCAAAUCCAAUGCCUCAGCAAAGUCAAGGAAGUCCAAUGUUUCAGAUGUAGAAUAUGUAGAAGUACAGGAACAUCAAACAGACAAAAGAUCCUCAAGUGCCAUGUCAGUUCAAUCAAAUGCCUCAACAAGAUCUAA